AACUCCCAGGGUGCACCACACCUUGACACGCCUACAACGUGAUGCCUCUCAAAUUCACCAACCUCCAAUGGGCAGGCUUUCGGACUUAAACUACAAACCCCAGAAGGCCCUACACCAAAUGUAUUAUUAUCCACAAUUUAUGCCCGGGAUCUGCGGCCGUAUUGGCUGUUGGGAAAUGUAGUUCGACGGUGGCCGAGCCAUUCAAUGCCAGAGGCCCGAUCCAAGAUGGGUGAAAUUGCAGCGCUUGAGUUUUAAUUCCUCUAACAGUCCAGAAGCGAAAACUGCUUAGGCAAGGCUCUGGAAGACGCUCCUGGGCUAGGGCUGUUCUGCGAAAUUGACUCACCUUACCAUAGGCCUCCCUAGGUUGGGAACAGGCUAUUGUAGCGCCAUAGCAUGCUUUUACCAACUUCCCAAUUAAAGGGUGACGUCCCUGCAUGAAUCUAUCCUGUUAAAAAUGUCCUUGCCACUUACAGAGGAGCAGAGGAAAAAGAUUGAAGAGAAUCGGCAAAAGGCUUUGGCCCGUCGAGCUGAGAAGUCAGCGGAACAGCCACAGAGCACAGCUUCAGGCUCCUCUGCUGCUGGCCCAUCCCAGUCCAAGCAGGGCUCUCUCCUGAAUCUCCUAACGGAGCCUUCAAAGCCAGCGGGCCAUGCUGCCAUUUUCAAGCAACAGAAUCUCAAUAAUUCAUUUCCUAGUCCUCUAGAAGUCUCUAACCAACAGCUUUUGGGUUAUAAAUCCAGUGAUGGUCAUCCCCAGGCAACCCAGGACACAGCAGCUUCCUCCUCUGGACCAUUUCCCACAGGUCCCGAGUUAGAGGCCACAGCAGUGAGGCCUUCCACGUCUGGGCAGAGCAUUUCAGACACCUUUUAUGCCUUAGGGGGAAAAACACCUAGGAUGGAAGGGAGACCCCCAAAGGCACUACAGAACUCACCCCAAAAAGCAAGCUGUCUACGGGGAACGUGCGUAAGGACUGGGGAUCGCUUCCGGGUGAAGAUCGGCUACAACCAAGACCUCAUUGCUGUGUUUAAGUCUCUGCCCAGCAGACGCUAUGAUUCUUUUACGAAGACGUGGGACUUCAGCAUGAGCGACUACAGAGCCUUGAUGAAGGCAGUCGAGCGACUCUCCACGGUCUCCCUGCAGCCAUUGGAAGAGGCUGAUAGCAGUGUCCGGACACAGACCAGUCUUCCCUCAGCUCCAUCCCUUACCUUUGUCACAGGGAAAUGCAUGCUCAUCUCCCGAUCCCGCUUCGAGGUUGAUAUCAGCUAUUCGGAAGUGGUGAUUUCCCUGUUUAAACAAAUGGAGUCCAGGAAUUACGAUGCCAAGGCCAGGAGGUGGAACUUUCUCUUGGAAGAGCACAAUAAACUAAUUGCAAGGUCACGUGAACUCAAGCAAGUACAACUGGACCCUCUACCCAAGACAGUGACCCUGGCAUUUGCAUCUCAGCUGGAGAAAACGUCUCUCAAGCUGAAAGAAGAUGUGCCAGAAGCUGACCUUUCUGGAGUGGACGCCAAGCUUGUGUCUAACCUCAUGCCCUUUCAGAGAGAGGGAGUUAGCUUUGCCAUAUCAAAAAGAGGCCGCCUGCUGCUUGCCGAUGACAUGGGCCUAGGGAAGACCAUCCAAGCCAUCUGCAUAGCAGCUUUUUACCGAAAGGAAUGGCCACUGCUGGUGGUCGUGCCUUCCUCUGUGCGCUUCACCUGGGAGCAGGCCUUUCUUCGGUGGCUUCCAUCUCUUAGCCCAGAGAAUGUCAACGUGGUGGUGACUGGGAAGGGCCGCCUAACAGCUGGCCUGGUCAACAUUGUCAGUUUCGACCUUCUUUGCAAGUUGGAGAGGCAGCUAAAAACCCCUUUCAAAGUCGUCAUUAUUGAUGAAUCUCACUUCCUCAAAAACAUCAAGACUGCCCGCUGCCGAGCAGCUGUGCCUAUACUAAAGGUUGCCAAGAGGGUGAUCCUCCUGUCGGGCACACCCGCCAUGUCUCGGCCGGCAGAGCUGUACACACAGAUCAUUGCUGUGAAGCCAACCUUCUUCCCGCAGUUUCAUGCCUUUGGAGUUCGCUACUGUGACGCCAAGCGGCUCCCUUGGGGCUGGGACUACUCGGGCUCCUCCAACCUGGGCGAGCUGAAGCUGCUGCUGGAGGAGGCAAUCAUGCUCCGGAGGCUCAAAUCUGACGUGCUGUCCCAGCUUCCGGCCAAGCAGCGCAAGAUGGUGGUGGUCAACCCUGGCAGGAUCAGCAGCAGGGCUAAGGCAGCCCUGGAUGCAGCAGCCAAAGAAAUGACCAAGGACAAAACUAAACAGCAGCAGAAAGAAGCUCUCCUUGUCUUCUUCAAUAGAACGGCAGAAGCUAAAAUCCCAUGUAUCAUCGAAUAUAUCCUGGACUUGCUCGACAGUGGACGAGAGAAGUUUCUAGUGUUUGCACACCAUAAGGUGGUUCUGGAUGCAGUUUCUAAGGAACUUGAGAGGAAGAAUGUUCAGCACUUCCGGAUUGAUGGCUCCACCCCCUCAGCAGACCGGGAGGCUCUGUGCCAGCAGUUCCAGCAGUCCAAAGGGCAUACAGUGGCAGUGUUGUCCAUCACAGCUGCCAACAUGGGCCUCACCUUCUCCUCAGCUGAUCUGGUGGUGUUUGCUGAGCUGUUUUGGAACCCAGGGGUGCUGAUUCAGGCUGAGGACCGUGUGCACCGCAUUGGACAGACAAACUCUGUAGGCAUCCACUACCUGGUGGCAAAAGGCACAGCAGAUGACUACCUUUGGCCUCUGAUUCAAGAGAAGAUUAAAGUUCUAGGGGAAGCUGGGCUUUCUGAGACCAAUUUCUCGGAAAUGACGGAAGCUACGGACUACCUCUACAAGGACCCAAAGCAGAAGACCAUCUAUGACCUGUUCCAGCAGUCCUUUGAAGACGAUGGAAAUGACAUGGAAUUCCUAGAAGCAGCAGAGUCCUUUGAACUAGGAAGUACUUCAGGAAUCUCUGGAAAUAGUUCCCAGGAUCUGGGAGAUAUCUUAGAUGAAAACACAGACAGUCCACCAAAUAAAAGGAGAUUUGAAUUCUUUGAUAAUUGGGACAGCUUUUCCUCUCCCUUUGACCCUUGAAAGGGUCAAAGAAAGAAAAGAAAUGAAAGAGAGCAUUCAAAAAUCAUGGGACUCAUUGAAAUAAAGUAUUUUGUUUAAAAGCCUGUACUCCUUUUGUCAUGCAGCAGAAGAGUCCAAGGCCGGUGGGUACCAGCAGUUCCUUUCCUCUGUUCCUAGACAGGGGCCUGCUUGAAGGCUUAAUUAUGUUUAGCUUUUCUGCAUUAAAAGAUACCAUGGCUUAGAGUAGUCGUAAUUUACAUUCUUAAAUAAUAAAGUGCUUCCUAUGCAACCCCCCAAUAUCUAGUUAAAAUUUUCAACUAGUAAUUUAUUAAGCGCCUCAUAGUUCAGGCACUACCCAAGGUAGUAAUCUUCUAAACUAAAAACAAAGCCUUGUGGAAUUUAUCCAACAGGAAAAGCAGCAGUGAUGGCCAGUCCUCUUUCCUAAUACAAAACAGUUCUAUUUAUGGACACAAAAUGUAAAAUUUGAUUCUCCCAUCAUGAAUUUGAUUUUGAUUUUAAAAACGAUCACGAGUGUGAAAAAACAUUCUGAGGUCACAAACUUAGAUGCAAGCAGUGGGCAGAUAGUGCGCAUGGUCCAUAGUUUGCCAGCCUCUGAUUGAAGCAACAUAGUCCAAUAGUGAUAUAAUACAAACCACACGGUGUGAUUUUAACUUUUCUACCAUUUAUAUUUAGAGGCAAAAGCAAUGUGUUUCUCCUACUGUAGUCAACAUACUGACAUAAAAACGUGAGGUUUUUGAGACAGACUUCCUUUCACAUAUCCCAAGUUGAUCUCAGUCUUACUUAUGUAUCAAAGGAUAACCUUGAACGGCUGAUUCCCCUGUUCCUACCUUUCUGAUGCUGGAGGUAUGCACCCCCCACACCCACUCAGCUCAUUAAUGGAGACAGCAGUCACACCAUUAGGGAACAAAGUCUUUGGAAUGAGUUAAGAACCAGAACGUGAAGGGGUUUACAAAAACAUCAGGAAGUUCUCCCCCGUGACCUGAGGCUGUCUUCAGGGACAUGAGACCCCAAAGGAAAGAAAAGUCGGUGUUUUUCCUCCUGGCCCCAGGCUUCUAGAAUAAUGACUAAGACUCAAAUAUAUUUACAAAUACCUUUGGCUGUCUCCCUAAUUAGAUCAUGACUUAAUAUCCCAUUUAUUUUAAGUUCUGCCACACAGCUGGUUACCUCUGCGCAGCUCCCAUGCUUCUGACCUCCAUGUUCCCAGGCAAGUCCUCUCAGCUUGGCUGUAUCCCAGAAUUCAAUCUCCCAACUGGAUGUCCCACCUUCUAUUUCCUGCCUAAACUUAAAAGCUAAUCAGCAUUUUAUUGACAGGUGUUGCACUCAAGACUGCUCCUUAUUUUGUAAAAAUGGAUACAUCAAGUCUGAUCAGCUAUUUAACCCCUUCCUUGCACUUCCCACCAAGUCAGGAAUAUCAGUGUAAGGGGCUUGGAAGGGGUUAAUUAGAGCAGUCUCAAAUACCUGUGUUUGAUUUUGUUUUCCUAUAGGGUCUCAGUGAGGGAAAUAUUCCUAACCUCAGCAAAUGGCACUAAGCCUGUUGGUCUCUGGGGUACCAUGGCAGCUGUCAGUCACUCAGUCUCUGCCCACAAUUCCCUUCUCAAAUUCGAUGGAGUUUAUUAUCAGCCACUCUUCCAACCCUUUCGUUCUGAGGGUGAAAUAUGCAAAAAGUCCAUAAAACAGUUUGCAGCUUAACUGAAAUACGCACUUGAGUAGGCACAAGCCCAGUUUUCUAAAGAUACUAUCUAGAACCAUGGCUACUUUGCCUUAAUGUUUAGGUUUAUUCAUCUGGGAUGAGAUAGGUCAGGGUUAAUUUUUCCCGAUGACAAUGCAGUUAAUCUCAGCACCACAUAUUAAAAGGCUGUCCUUUCAGCUGUCGGUCUGUGGGGACAUUUACCCCCUACUAUACAUUUGAUGUAAAAUUAUUCUAGAAAUGUAUAAGAAAAAAAUGAAGGUCCUACAUUCUCCCUCUCACCCCAGCCUACUAUUCCUUAGAGGUGAUAACUAAUAUAAUUUGAGAUGGGGCCAUUUGUAAUUCUGUAUAUACCUAAAAGUUGUUUUACAAAAACUGUACCGAACUUAUUGGACCGCUGUGGUCCAUUUCCCAUGAUACACUUGCCCACUGUUUCACUGUUGUCUACUCUGUCUCCCUGUAAUUGACCUGUGAUCCUGCCAUAUGCUUCCUUGGUAUUGGCCCUUUAACAAAAACUGGGUGAUUUUCUUAAGUGAAUUUGAGGAGCUGCAGAAGAAAGAAAAGGACAGAUGUGUGUGGAUCUAUUUUGGACAUGUUGAUCUCUGUGUCUAGAACUAGCUAUGGAAGCAUCAACAGGAUGCUGGACAUUCCUGUGACUCUGGGAUAAACCUUUAUGUCUGUGUCAUGAUAUAAACCUGUGCCCCAGAUGGCUUUUAAGAAUAAAAUGUUGCAUAUGCCC